UAGGAUUGCCAUGACAAAUGCGCAGUCUAUCAUGUUAGUUAUUUAUGUGUUUAAAAUUUUUCUUUGAAAUGAGCUAGAUCAGUGACCUGAUGGAAAUGGGGGAGGUGUCAGAGGAGGAGGAGGCAUUGAUUGACAGUCUCUUCUACCGCUGCGACAUCCUCAGCGAUGGCUCCGUCUACAUCAAAGCCGUCAUACAGUACCUUGAAACUUGCCUUGGAAAUGGAAAUAAUGAGCCUGACCUGCUGACACUGGCCAGUGAGUUAGAGACCGAAGGCAGGGAUGGAAAGGUGUCACUAGAGGCCUACAGGGAAGCCGUCAAACACUGGAUAUUGGACAUACGUUCUCGCUGUGACAGCACAAGUUUUCUGGAACCAGACGGUCCCCUGCAACAGCAUAUAGACAUGAAUAAUGCAUCCAACAAUAAUACAGAUCUGUCUAACUUCAUUGAGAACUCUGUGAUAGGAGAUGGCUCUGUCCAUACCACUGACAAUGACGUUGCUGACUUGAUCCAUGAAAUUGAGGACCUGAGACACCAAAAUAGGAGGUUACAGGAUGAAAACCUCCAGUUACAGAGGCAACUUGAGGCCCAGGAUGAGGUCACUGCUAGCAGACAGAAUGAGGAGGAGGCCCUGAGGAGGAAAAUCAAGAGCCUGCAAGAGCUCGUUGAGAUGCGGCAGGGUGUGAUGGAGGAGAAUGAGGAACUGAAGACAAAACUGUUAGCCCUUCAGGAGACUCACAGGGAGCAGGAGGCACGCCUCAUCACUCUGGAGAGGGACAACACCACUCUACACACACAGGCCAGCCAAUGGGAGAUCAAGUGGCAGAAGACUUGUGCAGACCUGGACCUUGCCCAGACAGAGCUGCAGCUCAAGCAAAGUACCUGCCUUGAACAGAAGCAUAAGUUACUAGAUGAACAGGAACUGAUGUCCUCCAAUGAAGUCCUUCUAGCUGAGAAGUUGAAAGAACUGGAAUCUUUGAAGGAAAGGUGUGUCCAACUCACAGAAAAGAAUGAGCUUCUAGAAGAAGAAAAAGAGGAAGUGCAAGUAACUCUGGCAUCAAUGAAUGCCAAAGUGCAGAGGUACCAAAGUCAGGCUGACCAGUUGGGCCUCUCCACUGCUGCCCUAGGGGAGGGAGGGGAGCGUGUGAUAUCAGCCCCAGGGACAAAACAUUCGCCCAAACUGAGGUUCAGCACACCACUUCACAAACAUUCCAUCUGCAUGGAGCUCAAGGACAGGCUGAAUGAAGACAGACACCUGCCAUCUCCCCUGUGUGAGAAAGUGGAACUGUCCCAUAGCACGAGACUCACGGGGCGUUCUGCUUUACUGCCCACGUACAUGUCAGCCUGGGAGAUGGACGUCUCGGGAUCUUCAAUGCAAGAUUACUCACUGGAAAUGUUGAAGAGCCGUAAAAGCAUGAGUCCCCAGCAGGCAGAUGUGGAUGUGAAGUUUGGGCAGUUACAGGAGAUGGAGAGAGACACCCUGCAGAAAGAGGUCAUCAGACUGCACAGAUUGAAUUUGGAACUUGCCGAGCAGUGCCAUAAAGCUGAAUUGGCUGAGGGGGAGCUUAGAGAGAAGUUGACGGAGACUGAACACCUGCUUGUGGAGGAGACACAAAAACACCAACACAAUAUACAGCAAGAAGGAGGAGAGAAAAGUACAGAUGUCGAACUGAAGGAUCUAUGGAGACUGGUUCACAACACAGAUGAAGAGAGCUCUGAGAGUGACACAUCCCUGUCUGUUUCCACGGAGGUGUUAAAACAGCAGAUUCGGGAGGAGAUCACUGCCUUGCGUACUAAGCUCAACGUCAAGGAGGCUGCUCUGAAAGCUGAGAGAGUGUAUGCUGGUAGCAGCAGAAAGGGGAGGUCAUCAAGAUCCAGACUUGUUGAUGCACUCAACAUUGACCACGUGGCAAUAAAGAGGAAAUCAACACGAGGGCACACUGAAACAUCCACAGACUUGCUCUGUGGUGACUCUCUCCUUCAUUGUAAUAGAACUGUACCAGUGCCAAGAAAAUCCUACACAGACAGUGACGCUCAUACACCUGUCCCUAGAGUUCACUUUAAAGACACAACUGAAGCGUUUGAGGAGGUUACUGAAGAACUGGAUUAUGACUGGUGCUAUGAAGGUGUUGUAGUGAACAAAAUGCGCAGAAGGAAAGAUAUUCCACAAAGGUUUCAGGAUGAUAAUGAUGAUAGAGGUUUUAAUGUAGCAGAUGUGAAUGGUGAUAGUGUUGAUAUUGGUGAAAUGAUGGGUGAUGUGAAUGUGGAUUAUACUAAAGAUGAUGGUGCUAAUCCUGUGAUAAGAAGGCAUAGUUAUAAGAAGGCUGUGAUAGAUAAAGAUGAACAAGAUGAAGAUGGGAAUAAAGAACUAACUGAUUUUACAUCUGAAAUCAAUGGUGGUGUUGAUUUUAGUUCCAACAAAAGUGCUGGGAUCCAAAACAGUACAUACACAAUUAACGAAAGUCAUCCGGAUAACUGUGAGUUGCCAAGGGCAAGAAGUGGUAGCUUCAAAGCUGCAAUGGAGCAGGACCAUAUUAACUCUGUAUCAAGCAUUUCUAACUAUGAGGGUUCCCACACUUGUGACACAGAGAGUUCAUAUUCUUUGUCUCUUAGUACUGCACCAAAAUACUCCAGCACACCUCUACCUUCUUCUGGUAAAACUAAUGAAAGGUUUGUGAAAAGAGGCAUGAAGAAUACGCAUAACAUCGAAACACAGCUCUUUAAGAGAGACAUGUCAGUAAAGGUUCCCAAUCAUACCUCGAAUAAUCUGUCUAUUCUCUCAGAGGAAAACAACACCUCACAAAGCACUGAAAACAUUGACAUAGAAAACCAGUCUACUUCAAAUCCUAGUUCAGAAACCAAUCACCCUGGGCACCAGUCUACCAGCAGCAUGGAUACCUCAAGUCAGUCAAACACAGGGACCCAACUUGGUCAGAGUGGGAUAGAUUCAAACUCUGGGGCAGCGCUUCGGCUCAGUGAGUUGGAAUCCAACACAGGGGCAGCUCUUGGUCACAGUGAGUUGGAAUGUUCAGCUGAGGUGUGGAGUCUGACUAGGAGUGAUGACGACAGCAAUAGUGAGACCUGUAGCGGGUCCAUGAGAGAUUCCGGACAUUCUAGCACAAUUGAGAGCUUCGAGAGAGACAUGCAUGACUUAAUCCAUUCAGAUGCUAUGGAAAAUGAGAGCCAUGGUAAGAAAGACAAGCUGGAUGAUUUAACCAAUGAAUCUUCAAGUAGAAAGUCCUGCAAACACAGUAAGAAUUUUCCAUGUGAUACGUGUGCACUCUCCUCUACUUCUUUGGACUUCUCACCUUUAAACAGUUCUUCAGACUCUGGUGAAAUCAUGUGUGCGGUUGCUCUAAGCUCUGUGGAUAAUGUUGACUCUAUUCUUUCCUACAAUGAGCCUUUGGGGACAUUUGAUGACUUGCUUGAUGAUGACACGCAUGGCACAGUUUCUCAUAAGAGGGAAGAAAUUCUCUUGGAAGGAAAAGCUACUGAUCAGUUGUCUUUGCAACAAAAGCUGCAAAUGUCCUACAGUAAAAAUGUUAGUUCUUCUCAUGUUGAAGACCAAAAACAUUUUAUACCAAAGCGAUUUAAUCAAGUUUUGCCAACUUCCAUCUCCUUUACAAAUACUGCACCUACACUCACUUCUUCUACAGCAUCAUUUACAUGUGGAUCUAUGUCGUGUGAUGUGUUAACAUCUACUUAUGCUUCUGUACCACUGUGCGUUACAUGUUCUGCUUCAGUUGCUACAUCCACUUCUUCAGUUUUGUUUGUAUCUUCUACCUCAACAAUUGCCACAAAUACUUCUAGUACAAGUGCUGGAUUCUUUAAAACAUCAGUUAAAUCAAAACCUGUCAAAGGUAUUGUAAAAAAGAGAAGUGUAGUUGUCAGAAAAGAUGAUAAAAUUACAACCCCAAAGUUUGGAUUGAUACGUAGUAGUAACAAUGGCAAACAUUCCAAGAAGGAAGAAAGUUUGAACCAACAGAAGAAAGCAGCUCAUAGUGAAACAUUUAUUAUCAAUGGACAAGUCAGAAACUGUAGUUAUGGUCCUGUUGAUUUCCCUAAAAACAGAUCCAGAAAUGGCUGUAGUUCAGCAAAUAAGGAGAAAGUCUUAUGUACGACUAAGAUGCCAGUUAGUAAGUUGAAUGAUAGUAUUUCAGUGUAUCUAAAGGCAAAUCAAAGACUGAAAUUUGGCAGUGAAAAUCCAACCAAAUUAACCAAUGAAGAGAAAGUUCAGAAUGGACAAAAGAACAUAAGUGCUAAAACUCAUGAUAGAAUAGAAAAUAGAACUAAGAAAAAUAUGUUAUCGGAAAGCUACAUCAGGGAAAGAAGUCUGUCCCCAAGUGAACGAAUCUUGUUAAGAGGGAGGAACAGUAAAGGACAAGAUUCAGGAAGCAACCUUACUAAUGAUUCCUUCGAGAUCUUAGAGACAAGUAAUAGAAGUUUGAAUGAUAGUUUCAUUGUCAGCAUGGAGAAUUUGGACAUAUCUCCAGAGAAUUCUUCUCAUGAAGUCUCUGGUUUGGAAGUUAAUCCAGCACAUAAGCUUAACUUCACAGAUAUCUCUGAUAUGGGUCCGAUGGAAAACCCAAGGAGAGUUGAUGAUGUAAUGGAGAGAGAUAUUGACCAUGUUGUAUCUGAAUUUGUAAAUCCAGUAGUUAGAGGUUUAAAAGAUAUUGAUCAGGUUCAACCAAAAGUUGGUCAUCCAGCAGUAAGAGGUCUGAAGGAUCUAGAUGGUAGUUAUAACACAAGUGUUGAGUCUGAAGCUGACACUGUUGAGAUUAAAGCAGAGGAAAGUGAUGCAUCUAGAGUAAUGACUAAUGAGACUGGAACAGAUGACAGCACUGGAGAGGAAUCAAUAGUGAACGUAAAGAAGGACCUGAUUAGUUUUAGGUCUCUUAUUUCAAUGAAUUCAGACAGUGAUUCAGAUGCUUCAGAGAGAGAUUGUGACAAGAGGAGAAUUGAUAGAAAAAGUUUCCUUCAGACCUUUUCUAAAAGUGAAAACGAUGGACAUGUGUUUCCACUGGUGAAGUUUUAUAAUCCAAAUAUUGAAAAUUGUGUAAAAAACAGAAAUAGUACUGAUAUCAAUACCUGUAUGAGUCUUGGCUCAAAGAUUAAACAUUCCAAUUGUUACCAAAGAAAUAGAAGUCCAAAUGAUAGACCUGCAAACUCUGUAGAGGUGGCAAAAACUUCACUUGAAGACUCCGAAAAAGUAGUGCCAUUGACAAGGGACAUCCCUGUUGAUAAAAAAUUCCUAUGGAGGCGAGAUUCGGGGUCAGAAAUAGCAAUCAGCUUCAGAUCAGAUUCAGACAAACAGCGUGACAUAAAUAAUGCCACAUUUGUGCUGGAGGAUAAAAACACAACUAAGUAUACACCAGACCUGGGGAAAACUGGUAAUGCCAAAGGGACCACCAAUGUGUCUACAAGGUCUCAUCAGCAGGGGUCAGAAACACAGGUUGGAGGUAUUGGUUUGGGACGCGCGCGCCGCCACUCACCAAAUGAAAACAGGUUGGAGCCUGUGACACAAGGGUCUCCCGAGCGGGGGAUGAAGGCGUCGGGGCGUGGAGGGGAGAAGUCCGCUUUCAUCAGGAACGGCAACAUUGGCAAGCCAGUGGAGAACACUAAACAAGUGACAGCCGAUGCCCCGCCAGCCCAGAGUGACCUCCAUGUUGAUCCCGAGCCCGUCAUCUGCCUCAAACCCGUAUCCAUGCUCUCCAAAAUUAGAGAGAACCAUCUCGCCCGACGGAGGGACUUUACGCGGCAGACUAAAAUGCCGCAGUUGUCAGAACUGACUGAGAAAGAGACUGCAGCAGACAACAACAACCAUCCUUCAAAGAAAACAGUGCUCGUGGAGAUAGCUGAUGACGUUUUAAGGCCUCCGAUGCCCAACUCUGACUCUGAAAUCAUGCCCAGUAUUCCCGAUGAGUUCCUGCAGAAGCUUGGCCUUAUCCCUGAUGGAAAGAGCUCGGAAGAAUUGUCAGAACAAGAAAUUGAGAGCAAGUUUACGAGCCUCUCAUUGGCAUUCAAGACAGACUCUCAGACCCUCGAGAAACGCCUGGAGAUACAGGAACGGUCGCGUGACAUUGCAGAACAAAAUGUGGACAAGGAGCUCAAGGGACUUCGGAACAACCUUGAUAAGCUGAACCAAGUGUGCACUGACCCUGAGGUACGCGAGGUGCUGGCCAGUAUACAGACACACAUCAAUAUCCUGGAGAAGUCUACUGCUCGCGUCUCCAGCAGGGCGGAGGUUUUUGGGGCCAUACAACAGGAGAAACGGAUGAGCAAGGCAGUGGACAUCAUGGUUCAUCAUGUAGAAAACAUACGCCGGGUGCACGAACGCGAACAUGCUGAGCUUGAAGAGGCUAGAAAACUUCUACAGGACAGUCGUUCCCUUGCCCCAACCACAAUGGACCUCCCAGGGGGUGGUGAUAUGUUGUCCAGAAGGUCUGUGUCCGUGUGUCAGAACAAUAUGUAUUCUGGAAAGCUAUCACCCACAAGCCCCCUAUCUCUAGGGGGGUUCUCCCCCACCACGGCUAAAGCUAUCAAAUUGUUGAAGGCAUCUCGGAGAAGAGUGAGUGAGAUAGCGCUGCCCAAGGUUCUGGGCGGGACAGGGGCCGCAACUCUUCACCCUUCUGCCUCAAUGGACAUGUCGUAUAGCGACCCUAGGACCUCCCCCCGAGGCCCUCCCUUCAGGCAAGAGAGCAUUCUCGAUGAUGAGGAGGGCAGUAAUAUCCAUGUAGUGCACCUAGAUGUAGACCAGGGGGACCAAGGAGAUGCGCGGAGCCGGUUUCAGGCUGCAGUGGCUCACACUUCUAUGAAGUCUGCAGUGGCCAACACCCUCCGCAAGGCCUCCCUGGAGAAGCAGGGUAAUGUGCGCAUCUCCCCCACACCAACACCACCACACAUGUCCCGAGAAAACUCCAGUGAUAGCUCAGCUGCCAAGGUGACGGAUGUCCAAGACAAGGAGAAACAGAAGAACAUGGAGGAGGAGGCCUUUAAAAAGGGGUAUGAACAGGGUCUAAGAGCGAACCUUGGCCAGGAUUUGUCGAGCCUUCGUGAACAGCAGAACAACAUCAACGAAAGUCUUGGUGAAAUCAUGGACUCCAUAGACUCCCAGAUGGAGGAACCCAAGAGCCUAAGAGAAAUUUUCGUAGAAAAGUUCAACGAAACCGUUCCCAAGGUACAGAUCUCCGGCUGGCGGAUACGUGUCACUUUCGGAUGUUUCUUCAUCAUCAUGGCAAUUAUCUCUGUCAUCAUAUCACUGUUUCCCGUCAGUUCCGCAUCAGUAGUCGGCUAUCGACAUUAUGGAUCUCCGGUUGUUUGAUGGACAGUUUUGUUUAGACAAUAAAUUAAAUUGAUUUUACACCUGUUUUCUGGCUGGCGGUUUGCUUACUCAAGAUUUUUCUAUGCAUUGAUGGUGGUAACAAGCAUUUUUAUAGAUUGAGUUAAAAAUGUUUUCCUUUUUACAGCCAGAGGCAUUAAUGUGAAAAAUUAAAUCUACCAUAUUGUAUAAUAGCCAGUAAAUUCCUCAACAGGAUUAGGAAAAUGUUAUCUGAUGUAAUUAGAUAUUGAAAGUUAUUUAUUCAGAAAGGUAUUGUUGCUUGUUGCUGUUAACUUGUGAUACAGUUUUAGGCAAGUAUAGUUUUCAUGUCUGUGAACGCAAGAUUAAUCAACAGAUUAUAUUACGCAAAACCAUUGCAAUUAAGUUAAUUGUUCGUUCGACAGAGGUUAAAAAAGAAGUCUUGCCAAAUGUGUAGUUGUGUAUUGUGAUUGUUUUUUAGUAAAUUCAUUUUGCAUAUUUUGGUUUUUGUAAAACAGGAUUUUCAUUGAAGGAGGUAUGUUCUAGCUGAUAACAGUCGAGAAAAAAAUGGUUGUUGCCCGAUAAUAAUAACCCUAUCAGGCUGUGUUUCUGGAUGUCGGGCACUGUUUCAAUAAGAUAUUAUUGUCGUAAAUCUUAGUAUUCUGAGAUUCCAAUAAAGUUAGAAUUUCGAUUUUAGGAGAAUUUAUGCGAUAAAUGUGCUUACGCUAUUUUUUAAUGAAACACAGUUUAAGCCUAAACAGGGUAACGCCUGAAAAUUAAUAUUCUUAUAAGCCUUGCCAACUUUAUUGAAAAAGGGCCCAGGGCUUUUUUUGUUUUAUAUCGGUAAACGUUAAAACCUACAAAGUUUUAAGUAUGCACUUUUAAAAAAAAAUUGAGUAACAAAAAAGAUUGUUCAUAGUGACAAUGCACAAGUGGUGUUAGCACCAUGGCAAUCUUAUUUUAGUGUUUUAACGUGCAUUGUCCAAGUUUUAUUUGUGUCAAAGACAAGCUGCUUGGAUAUGUACUAAUAGUUUUAGUAAGUUUACAUCAAUUUUCAUGUAGUUUUGAUGUAUAUUAGGAUAAAAUGAAUGUCUUGCUAACAUAUCAAUCAUUAUAAGCCUUAUGCAUCCAACCCAUGAAACCAGUUUUUGAACAUGCCUUCCAUAAAAUGAUCCUGAUAUAUGUUGUGACCUCUUGGUUCAGAGAGAAAUCCCAGACCGAUGUGAUAUGUAUAUAGUCCUCCCUCUUUUCUUCUUGCCCUCAUAUCAUUCGAUGACAUUAUUAUUAUUGUGUAUUAUAUAAUUAAUGCCAAAUUUAUUGUUGUUUAAUAAAAUGUUUUUAAAACUUU